UAUGGCGGAGUUUUGUUUUUCCGAUUACCUAGUAAAAGGGUAUUAAUUUCGCUAUGAAUACGUUGAGAACGGUGGUAUUUCGUGUCGGAAAUAAGUGAUCUCAAACCGAAGAACGGUGGCAAAGUGUAAACGUAGUGUUUUAAAGUGAAUUUAACGUGCAAAACUGGUUGUUUGCAAACUCGAUCUUGGCGUGCGAGAGGCUUGCAUGUAGCGCUACAACACACAAUAUACACAUACCAGAUUUUUCCCUCCCGAUAAAUGUGGUGCGUUCGCGAUUAAGUGUGCGAUGAAAAUCUUUGCCUUGUAUUAAACUACAUGAAUUUGGAAGCGAUUGCGGAUACGACAAGCGUAAUUCGCUUUUUGGUAUCAGCAUAAACGCUACCCUAAACUCCAGUGUGUGUGUGCGUCUAGUUUUCUCUCAGUUUUUUCUUCUUUUUCUCUCGAAUUUAAGUCCCCUUGCUUGGUUAGCUUGGUAAAGUGUAUUCAGUGUAUUCAAUAGUAUGACUCUAAAACAAUUGUCCCCGCAUCGUUCGGGGCUAAUCUCGAUGGCAUGUGUUCCGUAAGCUGUCGCUCGACAAACUGUAAUUAAACAAUUUUUGAACUAAGAAUACCGCAUCGUAAUGGCUACCGCAGAGUUCGAUACCGAUUUGUUUGAAAAGAGGCUACAGUCUCUGAAAGAUUCGCAAGAAUCGAUACAGGCCCUUUCGUCAUGGUGCCUGGAGAGGCGGCCGCAUCACAAAAAGAUCGUCGCAACUUGGCUCCAAGUUUUGAAGAAAGUUAAAGUCGAGCAUCGACUGACGCUCUUCUACUUGGCAAACGACGUCAUUCAAUACUCCAAGCGUAAAAACUUUGAGUUUGUCGAGUCCUGGGGCACGACGUUGCAGCGAGCCACGACUAUGGUCAGAGACGAGAAAGUUAAACACAGAAUAUUGAGGAUCUUCAAAAUAUGGGACCAGCGUCAAGUUUACGAUGAAGAAUUUCUCGCCGAUUUAUCUGGCCUGCUGUCCGCAGCCCCAAAGAAAAAACCAGACCCACAGCCUACUGCAACCAAUGAUGAAUUUCAAGCCAGUUUGCUGAUCUCUACUAUGAGAUCUUGUGCUACUCUUGAACAGGCCACUGACUCAAGGUUGCAAGAUUUGAGGGACAGCAACACAGAUAUUGAUAAUGCGGAGCAAUUGUGCGCAUCGUUAAAAGACAGAAGACACGUGGAAGAUGCGGAAAAAGACGUUGACAUUGCGGUGAGAAAUAUAGAAAAUUAUAUUUCCGCACUGGAGGCGGAAAUCAGAGAAAGAACACAAGUGUUGGAUUUGCUAGAACAGGCGGACCAAUUUUACGAAACUCAACGUGGGGAAGUGAAAAUAGUCACAAACGCAUACAGAAACUUUGGAAGCCGCGUAAAAAACCUGAAGAAAAAGCUCGAUGAACUACUUCCAACGCUGGUGUCGCCAAUCCCGUCGCCAGACAUAAAUGCACCAUCUCCGAGUCCAGAUAGUGAUAUCGAACUGCCCGGUGACGAGCAUCAUGGCAUGAAUCAAUCGUCACUGAUUGAUAUUCCACCUCCGUCGAUGUACGGUUCUUACAGGCAGGAUUAUGAGCCAAUGCCUGUACCGGCGCCUGAACAGUCGCAGGGAAACAUGUCGGGUGACUUCACUGGCAAUUUCUCAUCCUUCAUGGGCGGAAAUGUCGAGUUCGAUACGCGAAAUAUAUUCAAUGACAGAUCGGCAACUCCUACAGGAAUGAGCCAAUACAAUGACUCCUCAGAGGCGAAGCCGAUUGAAGUGAUUAACAUGCGCCCAUCAAAAGCAGAAGGGUCAGGUGAUGGAUUCAACAUUUCAAGUUUCUUAAAGUCUGUGCUCCCAUCCUCCGAGGCAAUUUCAAACAGUUCAAACAUUCCUGGACUCGGAUUGGACCCGUCUGGAACACCGAUGAAGUCUCCGCCACCUGGAGAUUACCUGCACUCAUCUCCGCUGCAGCAGCACCUGUCCACUCCUGUAAACUCUAGAGGAAUGAACGUGCAAAGUACGCCAAUCAGCAAUUUAGGCAAUUGUCAGCAGCUGCCACACAGCACGCCUUUGCAGGGAGUUAGAAGCUUGACCAUUGACUCGCACACACCAUCUCCGUACUCGAGUCAGAACAGUCAAGGAAACAACACUACCAUGAACUUGGCUUUCGACAACACACCCAGUUCCGUCAACCCUCUACCUCCACCGCCUAUGCCGCCGCCAAUUUUCCUGGACGAUGAAAAUUGCUACAACAAACUUCCGCCAAAAUUUCCCACCUGGUCCUCAGCCAAUGAAUUGAACAAGGAAUCAUCAGGCUGGGAUGAGAAAGGAAAUGAUACCAUGCCCCAAAUUUGGCCAUCAGAUACCGGCGACAAUAGGUCCGGUAAUGAUCGUUGGGAUUCUGGAAACGAGGUCUGGCCGAGCGCAAGAUUAAAGAACGAUAUACUGUCGGAAACGCCCGAGUCGCCACCACUCUUUGAAAAAGCUGGGUUCAUUGAUCCCAUAGAAUAUGAUGACUCGCAACCCCAAGUACCUCUGCUCAGCAGCAGUGGAGACGUGGAUCACAGGGUAAUACCAUUGCCAUUGAACGUGGAAAAUCAGUUGCCACAUCGACUGAUGAAAGGUGCGGAUGUGGAUCACAGGAAUCUCAUAAGUCUAACUGGCAGCCCUGCGAAUCACAGCAAUCCGACAGAUCAGUCACUGUCUAUAUUGAGCAAUGCAAACUCCGUCUGGCCUCCGACCGACCAGGAUUACAGGCAACAAAUGCAGCCAGGUGAUAUCGUCGAGAGUGUCGACAUGGAAAUGUCCGACGACGAAGGUGAUGGUAAGCAAAAGAGCGGCAGGGUUCUUGUCGAUCUAAGAUCGCAGGACCGGGACAUGCGCCCUUUGCUCCCACCACCAGGUCAUCACCUCGACAUGGAUAUGCGAAUGAUCCCGUUGCCGCCCAGUGGUCAGAUCCAGUCUCGCCCUCCUCCGCUGCUGCCGGUACCAAAUUCUCACAGUAUCCAUCAAAAUCAGCCGCAGUUUCAUCACAAUUCGCAAAACUUUCACGGCACUCAGUUAAACUUCCAUCAAAAUCGACCUGACUUUCGACCAAAUCAGCAGAACUUUCACCAAAAUCAUCCGCCAGAAUUCCGUCACAACGAGCCGAACCCCCGGCCGCCAAAUCAACACAACUUUCACCAGAAUCAGCAGCAGCCACAGCAACAACAACAACAGCAGCAGCAGCAGCAGCAAGAGUUUUACCACAAUCAGCAGCAACAGCAGCAGGAAUUUCGCCAGAAUCAGCAACAAAAGCAGCAGCACCAAGAAUUCGAGUUUCAGGAUAAUCAAAACAGGCGACGAAUCAGCCAAGAUUUUCAAGGCGAGCCUCUGCAGUGCGGGAGGUACACUGUGCCUGUAGAGCAUCACCAGCGAGAUUCAGGUUUUCAGAGAAACGAUCAACGCGGUCGUGGUCGCGGUUUUCCUCGUAACAGAAGGGACAGAUUUUCCGAUGAUCAUAAUCAGCAGAGAAUUCUUGUCAACAACCAGAUGAACAACCGGCGACCGAAUAAGAAUUUCGGUCAAGAACCGGACAGUCAAAGAUCGCCAACGGAAAUCCUGCCGAAUAACAGACCUCUUCUAUUGCAGCCCCCUGAGACUGUUGUAGUUCUUGACGACGAUGGUAUGCCGAUAUCAAUACCGACCGAUAAUGAAGUCGAGGAAAUUCCAGCGACGGAUUUACAGCGGGAGCAAAUGCAGCCUACGCAUCAAAGUACCGAGGCAGAAGAAACCGACGUGGUUAUUCCGUCCGAAGAAACGAUAACCGAGAUCGAAGCUGCGCCGGAAAAAGUCUUGCGGCCGGAAGUAACUCCGGAAGAAGAAAAUCCAGCGUCGUCGGAAACUGCGGUGAGCGAAGAGAUCGCGAAGCCGGAAACGCCGGCGGUGAUUGAGGUUUUACAGGAGGAAAUGCCGCAGCAGCAGCAACAGGAGGAAGAUGAGGAGACGGUUAGAGGUGAGAACCAGCCGGAGUCGGUGGAGUCGAAUUCAGAAGUGGAGCAACCCACGCAACUGUCUGAACAGCUAGAGGCGCUCAUGAACUCUAGCAACAAGCAGACUAAUAACAAUUUGAAAAGACAGCUGUCGGAGAACGGUGGAAACUUUGGUGAUGAUCAUCAUCAUCAUCAAAAUCAUCCUCAGCAACACAAUCAAGUCGAAGGUACGCCGAUAAAAAAACGCCCACUUCUACCUAACGGUCCACCCAUCAGCCAAUUGGCUGGCGGACCGCUGAUGCCUAGUGGCGGUCACUUGCUCGGGCCAAAUGGAUCUCUCAUGACUCCUGGUGGCCAGAUAGAAAUUCACCCUGUCGUCGUCUAUGACUACGAUAGUUCGAACUCCAGAUUUAGGCCACGUGGCGCAGGCAGUGGACCUCCAGGAUCUCCCUUCCCACUCUGGAGAGGCAGCGGGCCUCCCCGAGGUAGGGGUGGAUUCAGAGGUGGGCCCAGGGCGCCGUGGGUCGACAGAGGUGGAGGCAGGGGUAGUGGUCCUAGAGAAAAUUUUAGUCCCAGAGGUCAGAAGCGUGGAGGAGGUGGUCAGUUUAGGGCAGGAUUCAGGGGUCGAGGUCGGGGUAACAAUUGGUAGGAUUAUUCUUAUAAAUAGGUAUUGAUUAUACGGAUAGAUAGAUGUAUAUAUAUUAUAUAUGUAUAUAUACAUAUAUCGAUAUAUAUCUAAGACUUAGAGAAACGAAACUAUGAAAAGUUACUAUUAUUAUCAUCAUUAUUAUUAUUAUUAUUAUUAUUGAUUUUUUCUUUCUUUAUCUCUUCGCGACGACGUGUGAAAAAAAAAAAAACGAAACGAAUUUUUAUUUUACCUCCGAAAACGAAAAACGAUUGUAGUGGAUAAUUGUUAACGAACACAAGACGACGAUGCAUUUAUUUCUGAUGGUACGGAUGGAAGUACAAGAAAGAUUGUAUCGUGAAAUUUAUUAGUAGUAUACAUAUACGUGUAAUGGUAAUAACAGCAUGGAUUCUUCUGUUCUGUUCUAUUACCUAUUAUUUUUUUUAUUUUUUUUUUCCCCUCCAUUUGUUUUCAUCUUUUAUUCUCAUUUCUUUCCCCCAUUAUCAA